CUGGUCCAAAUCCUCUUCUCAGUUGCCUGUGCAACACACACACACAUUGUACACACACAGGGGCUGGCAGCUAGCAGCAUCGAUCGUGGUUCCUUUAAGACAAACUCAGCCAGAAAUAUCACCCCACCUCUUCUUGGUCUCAUUUAGAGGCUAUUGCAUAAAGAAAUCUGCUCAGGAGUUGAGACGGAUCAACUAAAGAGUGAGCUUGAUUUUUGUAUGCAUUUAGUAUUAACAUUUGAGGUGUCCUGACCAGUGGAAGCGCACGGGGGAUCAUCAUUCAUUCACUACCUUGACAACCUCGCCUUUGAUUGACAGCUGGAGUGGCAACAAGCCAUGAGACUAGCUAGUUUUGUUUGAGUGGCACUUUCUUUUUUUUUUUUUUUUUUUUUUUUGUUUAACUGAUUUGGGAAGAAGAUUUGUUCUCUCACUGUUGCUGCCUUGGAAAAAAGAAGGAGCUAUUUCAUUAUACUCAAUGUGCUUCACCAUUAGCUGAAGUUGAGCUGAAGUGAAGAUCUGGUUUGGUCGUCCACUUGAAAAGGAUCGUACGGGAUUUUUAAUCUAGUGUUUGGAUUUUGCUUGCUUAUUUUCCUUCACACUGGCCUCCUAGGAGAUAUAUUAGAAGUUGAAGGAAGAAGAAGGAGAGAGGCCAAUGGCGCAAAGGUACGACGAUUUACCCCACUAUGGCGGGAUGGAUGGAGUAGGGAUCCCAACCACCAUGUAUGGGGACCCUCAUGCCGCCAGAUCUAUGCAGCCUGCCCACCAUCUGAAUCACGGUCCUCCGCUGCACUCGCACCAGUACCCGCACACAGCUCACACCAACGCAAUGGCCCCCAGCAUGGGUUCUUCUGUCAACGACGCUUUAAAAAGAGAUAAAGAUGCCAUUUACGGGCACCCGCUCUUCCCUCUUUUAGCACUGAUUUUUGAGAAAUGUGAAUUAGCGACUUGCACGCCAAGGGAACCCGGGGUAGCAGGCGGCGAUGUUUGCUCCUCAGAGUCCUUCAAUGAAGAUAUAGCAGUAUUCGCUAAACAGAUACGGGCUGAAAAACCUUUAUUUUCUUCAAACCCAGAACUGGAUAACUUGAUGAUACAAGCCAUCCAAGUAUUAAGGUUUCAUUUAUUGGAGCUAGAGAAGGUACACGAACUGUGUGACAAUUUCUGCCAUCGGUAUAUUAGCUGCUUAAAAGGAAAAAUGCCCAUUGACUUGGUUAUAGAUGAUAGAGAAGGCGGUUCUAAAUCAGAUAAUGAAGAAAUCACAAGAUCAUCGGGAAAUCUUGAUCAGACUUUGUGGAACAGAGAUCAUGAUGACACAGCAUCAACACGCUCAGGUGGGACGCCGGGACCCUCCAGUGGGGGACACACAUCACACAGCGGGGACAACAGCAGCGAACAAGGUGAUGGUUUGGACAACAGCGUUGCUUCACCCAGCACAGGAGACGACGAUGACCCCGACAAGGAGAAAAAGCGCAAUAAAAAACGAGGAAUCUUUCCCAAAGUAGCUACAAAUAUCAUGAGGGCCUGGCUGUUCCAGCAUCUCACACACCCUUACCCCUCAGAAGAACAGAAAAAGCAGUUGGCACAAGACACAGGUCUCACUAUACUACAAGUGAACAACUGGUUCAUUAAUGCAAGAAGAAGAAUAGUUCAGCCCAUGAUAGACCAGUCCAAUCGAGCAGUAAGUCAAGGAGCACCCUACAAUCCAGACGGACAGCCGAUGGGAGGUUUUGUCAUGGAUGGCCAGCAGCACAUGGGAAUUAGACCACCUGGGCUACAAGGCAUGCCAGGUGACUAUGUGUCUCACAGUGGUCUGAUGGGCAUGAGUAUGGGACAGCCAAGCUACAACCCUCCCCACAUGCCCCCACGUUCUGCUCAGCUGCACCAUGGGCCUCCCAUGCAUUCCUACAUUCCUGGACACCCCCAUCACCCAGCAAUGAUGAUGCAUGGUGGACCACCUCACCCUGGAAUGCCAAUGUCAGCAUCUAGCCCCACAAUGCUUAACCCAGGAGAACCAACAAUGGGUGGACAAGUCAUGGACAUUCAUGCCCAGUAGCUUAAAGGAUUUUAUUUUUUUUUUUUUAAAACAAGCGUCUGCAGCAAAGAUAGCUUUCGUAUGUAGACUUAAUACAGUGACUAAGGAGCUCUGUUCUUGGCAUCAACUUUGGACCAAGGAAAAGCCCAUAUUUGUAUUUACUGGGACCCUACCAACAGGAAACACCAUAGAAAACAAAUGAAAACAUAUAAUACAUAUGACUCCUGGGGGACAUGUUGAGUACUGUUGUACAAUUUACAUUGGACUUUUUAGUGAGCCAAGAAUUAACUAUUGUAAAUGCUAUCGUACUGUUCUGCAUAUAAUGUUGUUUCUUAUAGAUUUUUUUUUUUAAUGAUGUGAACUUUUUUCCACACUAUGUGUGUGUGUGUUUUGUUUCCAUAGACCAUAACCUCCUUUGUUUCCAUAGACCAUAACCUCCUCCUUCCAUGACGAAGCCUCCUUGCAUUAAAAAAAAAAGUAUAAAUAUGUAAUUUAAAAAAGCCUUCCAGUUAACCUGCAAAUUACAUAAAAUUGCUUAUUGCAGGUGUUUUAGAGCAUUAAAAUAACUAUGUCAGGUGGAAGACUCACCCCAUCCCAGGAUUUCAACCAUGCUCUCUCUCUGACUCACCUUGGGCUUGAAUUUGCAUGUCUAAGAUUCGGCCAUGAUUAAUCAGCUGUUGCAGGCAGCGUCUUAAGGAGACUGUUAGGAGGGAGUAUGGAAACCAAAAGGUGUUACAUCAGAACAUUCAUGUCCCCGUAGCAACCCUGUGCAACAAGAAGCCACCAAUCGCGUUUUCUGAUGCAAUCCAAAUACAAUAAUAAUAAUAAUAAUAAUAAUAAUAAUAAUAAUAAUAAUAAUAAUAAUAAUAAUAAUAAUAAAUAUAUGGACUGAGAAAGAUUUUCUUUUUGAUUAUGUUCACUUUAUUUCUGAGCAGGACAUCAGUCAUGUGUGUUUUCUUUCCAUGGUCCCAUCUUGGAGAGUUUAUGUAUACAUUGUAAAUAAAUAAUAAUAAAAAAAAAAAAAAUGUGCAAAAAGGACUGGAAAUAAUUAACUGUAUUAUUGCAGCUUAUUUAGUAAACAUAGCAGUUUGGUAUGGCAUGCAUAAAGAAUUCACUAAAUGGGACAGAGCCUAUAACUUUGUUGUGGUUUAAAAAAUGCUUGUGGAUAGCUUUUCGAUGAAGAAACCAAGGAUUUAAUAACAAUUAAUAAUGAUCUUCGCACACUGAGUCUUAGUUUUCUGAUUAAAGCAGUUUGGACUGUAUAAUAACAAAAGAGGCCAGAUGUAGUAGUUUAACUGUGCGGUAAUGAAACCUGAACAUAAAAUUAAAAAAAAUAUUUUUGUCAUGCUGA